AUGAUUAAUGAUUUCAUAAAUCAAUUGAACUUAACAGGUAAAUACCGUUUUGGUCCCGUUGUUUAUUAUCAAAUAAAUAUUAAGGAGAUUCCGCCUUUAAUCUAUGAUGUGAUUCGUAUGGAAGCAUCGAAGGGCUAUUUAUGGUUGGAUGAAAGGAAUCUGGAUACUCAUAGUCUUAUAGGAGUGUAUAAGUGUAGAGUUCCUAUGGACCUACUUGUAUUGAAGGGGUUAUCUAAUGUUAUUUUAACAACAGUUAUUAAAGCUCAGCCUAACAUUUCUAAAUUCAAAGAUCUGAAAGCCAUGCAUUACGCAUUCUUGAAUCGACAAGAAAAUGUCGUUAAAGUCGUUAGUAUUGAUUUGAGUGAUUGUAUGAAUUAUAUACCUACUUCGCGUAUAUUAACAUCCCAGAAAUUUACAAACCAAUAUGGAGUAUAUUUCAAUCUGGUUGAACGGAUUAUAGAUCUCCCUAUCUAUGACUUUCAUAAUCACUGCUUUUUCCCCUCCACGGGGUUAACACCUAUAGGUGAAAUAACACACGUUAUAUUGCAUAAUUUCUAUCAGAAUACUGUAGAUUCCUUGCUCGAGUCUCGGUAUCCGGGGAUCACCUAUAGUCGAUACGGUCAUGAACUAUUUAUUCUUUGUAAACAAACUGACGAAUUCACAAUCGACGAUUGUGACAUAGAUAACAUAUUAGAAGUACUAGAUCUAUAUAGUGUAGAUAUUAAGUGGUCGUCCGAUGGGUUAUUACUGGCCGACAACAAUGACAAAGCUCUUAUCCUUCAUGAGGAUGGCUGCCUUGAGGUGUGGAAUUCAGAAGACAUUUGA